AUGGAGGACCUGCGUCAACAGCUUCAGACGUUGAUUGAUGCUUCCCCCCGCAAUGUCCACAUUAUGCGGGAUGGGGCUUACUUUCGUCAACCCAACUUCUUGGCUCAGUUUGCUGUGGAGGAGUUGAUGCGAAUUCUCCGGAUCUACGAAGAGCACCCGCCAUUUGUACGACCGAGCCUCCUGCGUGAGGAAAGCGAAGCAUCACUAAGGACCUAUUUUUGGACGAAAGACGAAUAUCGGUUGAGGAUUGCCGUCACCAUUGGCUCGCUUGCGGCUUACCAUGUCUCGCUUGAGGCUGAGAACCCCCUGCGUGGAAUCAUUCUCAACUCCUUCGCCCGGUGUGUGCUCGUUGACUGGCAGAGAACGCGAUCAGACGACAACCUACUUGACGAUUCCAUAUACUACUGCCGCAAGGCUGUGGAGUUGGGUCCUAUUCAGGGGACCAAUCGUGCACUCCAUAUCUACGACCUGGCGGAUCAGCUGUCGGAGAGAUAUGCACGACAGCAUGAUGCAGGCGACUACGCGGAAGCGGAAGCAUGCUUUCAACAGGCUUUCAACCUGCAACCAGCCGGACAAUUGGUCUUCCUAUUCGGAUGGGCACGAUUGAUCCGAUUCAAAGACGAAUUCGAGAACAUCGACAAGGCCGAGACGUUACGCAGGUAUAUUAACAAGCUCAAGGUGGCUAUAAUCAACCACAGACCUGGGAUUCGACCUAUCGACUAUCGGAUUUCUGUCAGCUGCAUCUGGUGGUACUUCGGAUCCGCCCUUUGGGAGCGCUAUGAGGUCACUCAAGACGACUUGGACCUGGAAUAUGCCAGGAAAGUGUUCGGAUUGGCCAUGGCAGUGCCGCGACUUACACUAUCAGACAUGUUUUACGCCUGUCGAGACCAGGGCCGGGUGGCCGCACUCCAAUUUGAAAAGAACGGUAAUGUUGAGGAUGCCAAUAUGGCGAUAGACUCACUCAGGCGAGCUCUACAACUGAUGCCGAACUCAUUGCUUACCAUGGAGAGUCUUGGGAAUCAUCUGCGCAUCUUCGCCGAAUACACCGACUCCGACGCGAUGCUUGCUGAGGCGGCCAAAGUUCUGGACAAGGCUUGUCAUGCUACUACAGAACCUAGCAACGCCCUCUGCAAUGCCUAUUGCAUGGCGCUCUUGCGGCUAUUCCAGAGAACAAACAGAGUCGAAGUCCUCAACGACGCCAUACUGAGAUACCGUACAUUGGCCGACCGACCGCAUCAGCUAGAGGAAGACCAUGCAGGCACUUUGCUGAAGCUGUCUCAGUGUCACUUAUGCCGGUUUAUCGCCCUCGGAUGGAAAUACGACCUGACCAAGGCCCAGUCAGCAGUCGCGCGCGUGUACUUUUUCAAGACUAUUUCGGCUCCUCUAAGAGCAGAAUGUCUCAGCGUCGUCGGAAAGAUCUUCUAUGAGUAUUACAAAAAGACAGGCCGGUCUCAACAUCUUGACCAUGCAAUCGGCUGGUAUCGAAAAGCCCUGGCGAAGAAUGUCGACCACAAGGACAAGAAUUACGCAAUACACUAUGACCUCGGCAGCGCAUAUCAUUGGAAGUUCAGGACAACUCUACUCGUGGCUGACCUCUCGAAGGCCAUUUACCAGUACCAAUUGACUCUUCAGUAUCUGAAAGAGAACCCAAAUCCAUAUCUGACAUCGUUCUUUCAGAUAUCGAUGGCCGGAUUGGGCAUGGCUCUCAUGGAACAAUUUGAGAUCACUCAGCAACAAGAAGAUAUUGACAACGCGAUCCUUUAUUACGAGCACUGCCUUCGACAGACUCGGAAAAAUACCUUGCAGUAUAUUUAUCGAGCGGACAUUCUCGCCUUGGCCUAUCAGCAAAGAUUCAAACUUAUCAUGGAAAUGGCCGACAUCAAGCAAUCCCAGACAAUCUUGCAUGAACUGCUUUCAUGCGAUCUCAAUCUGGCACCAGCAAACAUGUGCGAAAUGCACAGCAAUCUUGGGCGGGCGUUUCUACUAUCUUAUGCAAAGAAUGAAGAGCCUACUGACCUGGAAAACGCUGCGGAAUAUUUCCGUAGCUCUCUCGCAAGUGAAUGCAAAGCUGCUGCCUGCCGCAUGGUGGUUUUGUUUCAUUUGAGCCUGGUGCUGAGAUACAAAGCCAAGGCGACCAAAAGCCAUGAAGACGAAGAAGCUGCUCUGGCCCAGAUAAGAGCCACUCUUUAUUACUUGGAGUCGGUACCAGAAAACAAUCUAAUCGUACUAACUGAUGGAAUCAUUUUGAGUUUCGCGAAGUUGAUCUUCGAUUGUUGGCAAGAUUCCGGUUGCGAAGCGGCAUCCGAUUAUGGGAAAAUAUACGUACGUGUCAGCCAAACAAUUCCGCGUAAUCUGAGAGCAUUCUCAGGUUUCACGCUGGUCAGCUUCUAUAUCCACGCAGCCAUGGCGCAAUUUACUGUGACCAAGGACCCGACGGCUGCUCGUGACAUGAUCCGCACGGCCGCGGAUAUUCUACCUAGGGCUAUGCUGGUCAGUUUCGACCGCAAAGACAUUGUUAAGAACCUUGGAGACUUCAUCGCUUUACCAAGGUUCAUAAUCGCUUUUUCGCUGGCGGCGGGAGAUAUGCCAUCCCACGCUCUCCAGCUUUUCGACAAAGUGCGCAGCGUUAUGUGGGACUGUGCUCUAUCCAAGCGGCUGAUAUCCCAAGAGAAAGCUGGCGAGAACUUCCCAACGCUGUGUGUCAAGUUGGAUCGGAUUCAGAACCCCCUCGGGGCUUCUGAGACCCUAGACAUGACGGCGCUUCCGCCAGGGUCUUUGUGCGAGAUGAUCAUGCAUGUGCAUAAGGUUUAUCUCCAAAUUGUGGAGUCCAAACAACUUUUUCACGAACUACGAGCGAACUCUGAAUUAGAGGAGUUUCUUCGCUUACCAGACGACACGCCUAACUUUAUUGAAUACGCGCAAGACGGGCCCAUUAUCAUGGUCAAUGAGAGUGUCUUUCGCAGCGAUGCCAUCAUUGUGACUGCGAAUGGAGUCGAACCACUCUCUCUUCCGUUGCUAGACACUCAGAUGAUGGGAGAAAUGGAGCAGUGGUAUGAUGAAGCACUUUCUCUUAUGAGCACUGAUCUUCCUGCCGCGACCAGGAAGUUGGAGCAAGUCUUGGAGUGGCUCUGGGACACUAUUGCGGAGCCAAUCCUGCAUCAUCUCGGGUUUGACGGGGUAUUGACUACAGGAAAUGAUCUGCCUCGAUCUUGGUGGAUCACAGCGGGUCGGAUCGGCAAGUUUCCUCUCCAUGCCGCAGGAAGUCCAAAGAAAGGUCCACUUUGCAACCUUCUCGAUAGGACUGUUCCAUCCUAUAUCAACAGUCUUCGCGCACUCGGUUAUACCCGCAGCCGGUUACACCCAACUCAACAAGAUGAUGAUCAACCACAAGACGCCAAGCGAGGGCUCUUGAUAUCAAUGGAGAGAACUCCCGGGAUGAAUGAACACUCAGAUUUCCUGAAUUCUGUGCACGAGGUGACCAGCGUUCAAGAGAUACUCAACAGCCACGGCGAGGCAAGUGACUUGCUGAAGAGUCCGGAACGGGAUGCUGUCUUGGACUGUCUCAAGCGGGUUAAAUAUGCCCAUUUCGCGUGCCACGGUAUCUGCACUGAAGUCGAUCCCGCGAGGAGCACACUUCGCCUUACAGAUUGGUUCUCCAGCCCGCUUGAUGUGAAAUCCCUUCUGCAGCAAGGUGAUCUACCCUGUCAACUGGUGUAUCUGUCUUCAUGCCAGGGCGCGUCGAACAAAUCCAAAUUUCGUGACGAAGGACUUCAUCUAGCUGUUGGGCUUCAAAUGGCUGGGGUACCUCAUGUGGUUGCGAGUCUUUGGCGUGUGGACGAUAUUUUUAGCUCUGAGAUGGCUGUGCGAUUCUACAGAGCCCUGGGGGAGAUUGGAGGACAUUUCAAUCCGUCUAAUUCGGCGAGAGCGCUGCGAAAGGCGAUCGUGGAUCUGAGAGCAUCGGGUUCUAGUGCGUUGUUCUGGGCGGCGUACAUUCAUACUGGUCCAUGA